AUUUUUUUCUCUUUUAUCUAUGUAAUAUUUUACAUUCGAAAUGGAAAAAUGUAAUACAGAAAAAGGACUUUUAGUAUUAAAUCAUGAUGAUCCUAACAAGAAACAAUUUAAAAAUUCAAAAAAUAAAACGUAUAAUAUUAAAGAAUGUUUUAUGGAAUAUUCUUUAGAAGAUAAAAUUGAAGCUUUGAAAAAUAUGCUUGAUUAUAAUGAAAAACAUGUACAAAAAUUACCAUCACAUAUAACUAAUAUGUGUAAUAUUAAACAAAUAAUUGGUGUAAAAGAAUGUAUACAACCAGUUCAAGAGACAUCAUUUCAGACAAUUAUUUCUGAAUUAAAAAAUACUAUAAUGAAUAGUUAUUGGAACAAAGAAGUUGGUAAAACACGUUAUCAAAUUCCAUAUCUUCCAAUGGGUAUGAAUCCAUUAGAAGUGACUUUUGGAAAAAAAAUUAAAUCUGAAAGUAUAGCUGAACUUCUUAAAGAAAAAAUAGUGGAAAAUGGUAUUCCAGAGCAAGAUAUUAUUGAAAUGUAUAAGAAAAGUCAUAAUAGAUAUUUGCCUGCAGAACAAAUUAAAAGACAAGGUAUGCGAUUAAAAAGACUUCUAACAUGGAUUGAUGCAGAUCCUAAUACAAUUGCAAAUUCUAAUUUUGCAAAACCUUCAUAUUCUUAUAUUGAUAAAGUAAAGUAUUAA